CGAGUAGUCUGAUUGGCCGAGGCAGCGAAUCGAGCAGCGUGAUUGGCUCGGGCCUGGAAAAGAGCGUUCGGGGAUCCUCAAUGUACAGGCCGCAGUAGCGCUACCGUUGGAAAAUUAACAAUAAUAAAUUGCGACAGAUUCGAGGGGAUCCGAAACUCUUCAACGCUCCGAAGGCAGUCGCGGAGUAGACACUUUCCUCCCAGAUGCCAGAUUCACAGAUUUGCUCAAUGUUUGCGAUGCGUUUACAUGAAGGGAACUACUGUCAGAUGUGAAGUGUUGUGGAGCAGUCUCAGAUCAUGGAUCAAGGUGGAGGGAUCCUGGAGCUUCACAAGGAUUUAAAAAUGCCCCAUGCAAUGAUAAUGCCAGAUUUUGUUGCAGGGAUGGGAGGCAUGGCCCACAUUGACGGCGAGCACAUUGUGGUGUCGGUGCCGGAGGCCGUGAUGGUGUCCGAUGUGGUGACGGACGAGGGCAUCAUGCUGGAGACUGGCCUGGAGGCUGAAGUGGUGGAGGGGCCUGACAUCUGUCACGAGGACGUCAUCACCACCGAGGGCGUGAUCAUGGCCGAGUCCAUCCUGGGGGCCGAGGUGGCCAUCCAAGAGGCUCUGGGAGGCACCGCUGACCUGAUCGAGGAGACGGUGCCGGAUCAGGUGUUUGUGGCUGAGCUCAUGUCUCCUCACGAUCAGAGCCCGCUGGACCACGAGCUGGUGUCCGCAGAGGUCAUGGUGACGGACACCGAGACAGUCAUCCAGUCGCAUGACAGCAUUAAAGAGGACGACGAGGAGGAGGACGUGAAGAGCACUUCGGAGGACUACCUCAUGAUUUCCCUGGAUGAGGUCGGGGAAAAGCUAGACAUUGGAGACACGCCUUUAAAGAUCAGUGCAGGUGUGGUCCAGGACGACGACGGCUCCAAAGAGGAUGAGUUCAGCUCCGAGGUCAUUAAAGUUUACAUCUUUAAGGCAGAUGGAGACGAAGAUGUGGAAAUAGGUAAGAAACACAUUUCACAUCUUUCGAGUUUCCCAAUGGUCUAUCCGGCCGGUUCAGGCAGACUGUCCAGAGAGAAGAUGGUCUACAUGGCUGUGAAGGACGCCAGCCAAGGAGACGAGGACAUCAACUGCUCGGAGAUGACUGACCAGGUGUAUAUGGAGGUCAUUGUUGGGGAGGAAGAGGCUCCUGUCAUCACUGAAGCGCAGCUGGAGGACGCACCGGUCAACAAGACCUUCGUUCCUGCCGCCUGGGCGACUGCUUAUGGAAGCAGUCUAGAAAGUAAGAACGGUGCGGCCACUCCAUACCUACAGAUCAGCGACAGCAUUAGCACAAGCCGAGCACUUAAACAAAAGAUCAAGAAGAAGAGGAGAGGGGAGACGCGCCCGUCUCAGACAGCUGUGAUCAUUGGUCCUGACGGCCAGCCCCUGACCGUCUACCCCUGCCACAUCUGCGGCAAGAAGUUCAAAUCACGCGGUUUCCUGAAGCGCCACAUGAAGAAUCACCCGGACCACAUGUUCAAGAAGAAGUACACGUGCACCGACUGCGACUUCACCACCAACAAGAAGGUGAGUUUCCACAACCACCUGGAGAGCCACAAGCUGAUCAUCAAGAGCGAGAAGAUCCCGGAGUACACCGAGUACACGCGGCGCUAUCACGAGGCCAGCCCGCUCAGCUCCAACAAGCUCAUCCUGCGCGACAAGGAGCCCAAGCUGCACAAGUGCAAGUACUGCGAGUACGAGACGGCCGAGCAGGGCCUCCUCAACCGCCACCUGCUGGCUGUGCACAGCAAAAACUUUGCGCAUGUUUGCGUCGAGUGCGCCAAGGGCUUCCGGCACCCGUCGGAGCUCAAGAAGCACAUGCGGACGCACACGGGCGAGAAGCCCUACCAUUGCGAGCACUGCGACUUCCACUGUGCUGACCAGUCCAACUUAAAGACUCACAUAAAGAGCAAACACGGCACUGACCUGCCCUUCAAGUGCGGCCACUGCCCGCAGGCCUUCGCCGACGACAAGGAGCUCCAGAGGCACACGGAGAUCUUCCAGGGCCAUAAGACUCACCAGUGUCCGCACUGCGAACACAAAAGCACCAACUCCAGCGACCUGAAGCGUCACGUCAUCUCGGUGCACACCAAAGACUUCCCGCACAAGUGCGACGUCUGCGAGAAGGGCUUCCACAGACCCUCCGAACUGAAGAAGCACGCAGAAACGCACAAGGGGAAUAAAGUGCACCAGUGCAGGCACUGCGACUUUAAGACGUCGGACCCCUUCACGCUGAGCCGCCACAUUCUGUCCGUUCACACCAAGGACUUGCCGUUUAAGUGCAAGCGGUGCAAGCGCGGAUUCAGGCAUCAGAAUGAACUGAAGAAGCACAUGAAGACGCACAGCGGUCGCAAGGUCUAUCAGUGCCAGUACUGCGAGUACAACACUACGGACGCUUCGGGUUUCAAACGGCACGUCAUAUCCAUCCACACUAAAGACUAUCCGCACAGGUGUGACUAUUGCAAGAAGGGUUUCAGACGGCCGUCGGAAAAGAACCAACACAUAAUGCGGCAUCACAAAGAAACCUUACUAUAACGCGCUUUCUUUCAUCCCCAAAACAAGCUCCACGUGUCAUUCACAGCCUUCUUAUUUAAUGUUCUGCUUAUGCGUAGAGAAACAUCAGUCACAGCUGAGGCGGGUAGAAGUGGCUAACAGUGCGGUCUUGGUCACACCUCUCACAGUCUUUGAAGAAAACUUUCAUUCAGGGUCUCAAAAGCCUAUAUUUUUAUACCCACUUCCCAAUUCAGAAAGGGUAGUUCACCCAAAAAUUCAAAUUGUCAUUAUUUACCUUCCAAACACCUUCUCUAGAGGACAACAGACGUUUCGCAGAAUGUUCUCGCUGCUCUCUUUCGUUAACCAAUAGCUUCUGCUGAGUGACCAGUGGCUGUCAGGCUUCGAAAAAGAUGAAGAAGCAGCAUAAAGGUGUCAGAAAGGUAGAGUUUUGUGCACUUUAUAGUUCAUUGAGAGUUCCUGGUCACUGUAAACGUAUGUAUGCUUGCAUGGAUAAAGCAGCACAGUGAUUUCGUGCCCCAAAAUGAGUAAAUGAUGACAGUUUGUUUUUAUGGGUCAGAGCAUCAUUAGUCAGGAUCGACGCAGUACUGAAUUUCACAAAACACGGCUAAGCGUAGAGUCUUUAUAAGGGCAUGUGCUGUGUAAAUCUAACUCGCAUGUCAUUUCAAAACUGUUCAACUCAUCAGCAUUCGAGUCUGUUCCUCGCUGACUAUCAGGACAAACAUGUUUCCUCUGCAGUCAUUAAAUCUUAGAUGUAUUUUACCAGCUAGUAUGUCCAGGUUUUACUGUACCUUCACCGUUUUGUACCCAUCAUGAAGUUGAUUUGAGCAGAUCUGAAACUGCGAUUUACACCCGUGUGUUUUUCCAGCAUUUCGCACUCUUCAGCGUCUUCAGCGUUCCUUAGCUUUGUGAAUACCACUACAAAAUUCAAUGUUUGUGUAAAAUGAAACGUGCACAUACUGCCAAUUAUUUCUGAUCUCUCGAGUCAUGCCUUACGUGUAUUGUUUUUGCACUGAAUUCAGUAAGUAUGAAUCAAUUGUGAAUAUUUUUAACAAGUUAUGCUAUGAUAGAUGUAUACAUUAAUGAAUGCAAAUCACGUUUAGAGCACCUUUUGGUUUUAUAAUGUCACUUUAGAGUUAUUUAUUUCAUCCUAAAGCAGAAGCCAUGCUUCAUCCCCUUCCCAGCAGUACCUCGGCGAUCCAGGCAUGCCUUGAUAUCUGUCUCUAUUGAUCGGCGUAGCUAUUGACUUCUGGUGUGAGUUUGGAGGGGCGGUACUUCCUGUCAAUCAUGUGUUUGUCAGACAUCCUUAUGUAAUGCUCACUCCAAUGCUGUCAUGUGUAAAAACCUUCGUCAUAAGCUCCGUCUCAGAAGAAAACGUGUUUUAAGACGUCGCAAUGAAAUAGAAAGAGUGGCUUUAAAAGGUUUAGUUCACAAUAAUUCAGUUUCUUGAAAAACACAUGCCAGCCGUCUAGAUAGUGCUGUGUUUGUUACAGUUGUGGCUGGAGACUCUUAACAUUCUUCAUGGAAAAUAAAAUUCAUGCAUUUCAGUUAUUUUCUGACAGAUGGACUACUGGUAAGAAGGAAUCAAAAUAAAUAUUUCUUUCAAAAAAAAAAUUUUUCUUUUCAGAAAUGGUCUCACACUCAGGUAUUUCCUUGACGUUUAGCAGAUUUUAGCACUUUUCAGAUGUAAGAAAUUAACAGUCUAAAUAAAUAAUUCAAGGAAAAUCAUUUUAAUCUGCUUAUAAAUGUUGUAUUAUGCCAUUAAAGUGGAUAGUUCCAUGUACUGUA